CGCAGAAGCAGAACUCACACCAUAGGGAAAAAAUAAAAAAAUAAUAAUAAGGGUCCGUAAAGUUGGACAAAUCACAUUUCACCUUUACUUUCACCCAUAUUCUCUCCACCUCUCUCCACUCCUCUUCAGAAGCCAGGCUAUGGCGGAUGAGGAGGCCCAGUAAGGGAGGUGCCUAAAAAGAGAGAAGAAGACAAGGAGAAGAGCCUAAGUAGUUGUUGUUAGACGACAGAGACUCGAAGAGGUUCUACUUUUCUUUUUUGUCUUCAGAAAAAAUCAACCAUGGCCAAUAUCUCCUUAGAGGACGUGAAAAAGGAGAACGUCGACCUUGAGAAAAUCCCGGUGGAGGAAGUGUUCGAGCAGCUGAAAUGCUCGAAGGAGGGGUUGAGCUCAGAGGAGGGCACGAAGAGGAUCCAGGUUUUCGGCCCGAAUAAGCUCGAGGAAAAGAAAGAGAGCAAGGUUCUCAAGUUCCUCGGGUUCAUGUGGAAUCCCUUAUCAUGGGUGAUGGAGGCUGCUGCAAUCAUGGCCAUUGUUUUGGCCAAUGGAGGGGGCAAGCCUCCGGAUUGGCCAGACUUCGUCGGUAUUGUGGUGCUUCUGAUCAUCAACUCAACUAUAUCAUUCAUCGAAGAGAACAAUGCCGGUAACGCUGCUGCGGCUCUGAUGGCUAGUCUUGCCCCCAAGACCAAGGUGUUACGGGAUGGAAAAUGGGGUGAGCAAGAGGCAGAAAUUUUGGUACCAGGGGAUGUGAUUAGCAUCAAGUUGGGAGAUAUAGUCCCAGCUGAUGCUCGUCUCCUGGAGGGCGAUCCCUUAAAGAUUGACCAAGCUGCGCUCACUGGUGAAUCCCUACCGGUCACCAGGCACCCCGGGGAUGAGGUCUUCUCUGGAUCUACAUGCAAGCAGGGCGAGAUUGAGGCCGUUGUAAUCGCAACUGGAGUCCACACUUUCUUUGGCAAGGCUGCACACUUGGUGGAUAGCACCAACCAAGUUGGUCACUUCCAAAAGGUGUUAACAUCCAUUGGUAACUUCUGCAUCUGCUCCAUUGGAAUUGGAAUGGUGAUUGAGAUACUGGUGAUGUACCCCAUUCAGCACAGGGCAUAUAGAGAUGGUAUUGAUAAUCUGUUGGUGCUCCUGAUCGGAGGUAUCCCCAUUGCCAUGCCAACGGUCUUAUCCGUGACCAUGGCUAUUGGGUCUCACCGCUUGUCACAGCAAGGUGCCAUCACCAAGAGGAUGACAGCCAUUGAAGAAAUGGCAGGAAUGGAUGUCCUUUGCAGUGACAAGACCGGAACCCUCACCCUCAACAAGCUUACCGUCGACAAGAGUCUGAUUGAGGUGUUCCCUAAGAACAUGGACAAAGACACAGUGGUCUUGCUCUCUGCCAGAGCUUCCAGGGUCGAAAACCAGGACGCAAUUGAUGCCUCAAUUGUUGGGAUGCUAAGUGACCCCAAGGAGGCAAGAGCAGGGAUCACUGAGGUACAUUUCCUGCCCUUCAACCCUGUCGACAAGCGCACAGCAAUCACCUACAUCGAUAGCAAUGGCGAGUGGCACAGAUGCAGCAAGGGUGCUCCUGAGCAAAUAAUUGACCUAUGUGCCCUUAAGGGAGAAGCGAGGAAGAAGGCCCAUGAAGUGAUUGACAACUAUGCUAACCGUGGUCUUCGUUCAUUGGGAGUUGCACGACAGACAGUAUCAGAGAAGACCAAGGAAAGUGCUGGUGAUGAAUGGGAGUUUGUGGGUCUAUUGCCUCUCUUUGAUCCUCCAAGGCAUGACAGUGCUGAGACUAUCCGCCGUGCUCUUGAGCUUGGUGUCAAUGUUAAGAUGAUCACUGGUGACCAACUGGCCAUUGGAAAAGAGACUGGUCGAAGGCUUGGCAUGGGCACCAACAUGUAUCCUUCAUCUACCCUUCUUGGCGAAAGCAAGGACGAGUCCAUUGCUUCAAUUCCCGUUGAUGAGCUCAUUGAAAAGGCUGAUGGAUUUGCUGGAGUCUUCCCUGAGCACAAGUAUGAGAUUGUUAAGAGACUGCAGGAGAGGAAGCACAUCUGUGGUAUGACCGGAGAUGGUGUGAAUGAUGCCCCGGCUCUCAAGAGAGCAGACAUUGGCAUCGCAGUGGAUGAUGCAACUGAUGCAGCCAGGAGUGCCUCGGACAUUGUACUGACUGAGCCAGGACUAAGUGUUAUUGUGAGCGCCGUCUUGACAAGCAGAGCCAUCUUCCAGAGGAUGAAGAACUAUACCAUUUAUGCUGUUUCCAUCACAAUCCGUAUUGUGCUGGGAUUCAUGCUUCUUGCUCUCAUAUGGAAAUAUGACUUCCCACCAUUCAUGGUCUUGGUCAUUGCAGUCCUGAACGACGGGACCAUCAUGACCAUCUCUAAGGAUAGAGUGAAGCCAUCUCCUCUGCCUGACUCCUGGAAACUCAAUGAAAUCUUCGCCACUGGAGUUGUCCUUGGUUCCUACAUGGCUGUCAUGACUGUGGUCUUCUUCUGGCUUGCACACAGCACUCUCUUUUUCUCUGUAAGUUCAAAAUGUCACCGUAAAAACCUUAACCAAAAACUUUUAUUUGAAACAAAUGCUAAUACAAGUUUCAACUAUUUACAGAAAAUAUUUGGUGUGAGACCUAUUGAGGACCUUCAGCUUAACUCAGCUGUCUACCUCCAAGUGAGCAUUCUCAGUCAAGCACUCAUCUUUGUGACCCGAUCAAGGAGCUGGUCCUUUGUUGAACGCCCUGGUACCAUGCUUAUGGUUGCCUUUCUUGCAGCGCAGUUGGUGGCUACCCUCAUUGCCGUAUAUUGUGACUGGGGCUUUGCCAAAAUCAAGGGUAUCGGAUGGGGAUGGGCAGGCGCUAUCUGGGUCUACAGCAUUGUCACCUAUUUCCCUCUCGAUAUCUUCAAGUUCCUGAUCCGUUAUGCAUUGAGUGGCCAUGCCUGGGAUAAUGUUGUCCAGAACAAGACUGCCUUCACAACAAAGAAUGACUAUGGAAAGCCUGAGAGAGAGGCACAGUGGGCAUCGGCUCAACGUACACUCCAUGGUCUCCAGGCUCCUCCGGAAAUGUUCCAUGGAAGCCACGGGGAUGAUCAAUCCAUGGCUGAGCAGGCCAAGAGGCGAGCAGAAGUUGCUAGGUUGAGGGAGCUCCACACCUUAAAGGGGCACGUCGAAUCUGUGGUUAAGCUGAAGGGGCUAGACAUCGACACCAUCCAACAACACUACACCGUCUAGAACACUUCCAUCACGAAAACGAUGAAGCUAUCAGUACCAUGUAUAGGGAGGGUAUCAAGGAUCGAAAGGGCGUAACUAGAGACAGAUGUGCUAAGAAGAAGCUUUGCUUAUGAUAGUUCUAUAAACCCUUCUUCUUCUUCUUUUGCGCUUCUUGUAAGCUUAUAGUAGUUCUAUAAACUCUUCUUCUUCUUGUUUUGCACUUGUAACAUGAAAGUAAAGAGGGUGAUGUGCUGGAUAAAACUAGAUGAUGAGAUUUGUCCAACUAGAUUUUGGGGAAUGAAAAACUAGACCUCUUAUCUCGAA